AUGAGCAAUACUAUGGACAAGCGAAUCUCCCGCAUUGCAAUCAUCGGCGUUGGCCAGGUCGGCGCUGCGGUUGCCUAUGCCCUCAUCCUGGGCUCUGUUGCAGACGAACUCCUCAUCGUCGACAUCCGCGCCAAAUGGCGAGACGGCCAGGUGCGCGAUCUGACCGACGUCGCAUACGCACACGAGAGCAGGACGCGCCUGCGCGCCGCAGGAUAUCGCGAGGCCAGCCAGUGCGAUAUAGUGGUGAUUACUGCAGGGUCAAAGUUUUCUUACGGCCAAACAAGCCUCGACUAUUUGUACCGCAACACGGGGAUUCUCCGGUCCGUCGUCAACGAGAUGAAGCCGUUCCGGUUCGACACGAUCCUGCUCGUCGUUGCAAACCCGGUCGAUCUGCUAGCCUCACUGGCCAAGGAGAUUUCGGGGCUCCCACCUUCGCAGGUCCUGGGAUCCGGCACGUUUCUUGAUUCCGUGAGGCUGCGCGGGCUUCUAGCGGACAGAGCUGGUAUCGCACCAAGCUCGAUACAUCUCGACGUCCUAGGCAUCCACGGCGACGCUCAAGUCCCUGUCUGGUCCACCGCGACAGUUGAUGGAGAUCCGCUGGAAAAGGCAGCGCUUCUCUGCAUGGCCACCGAGGCGGAUCAGGCCAGUCUUGCCCGCGAAUGCCGGAAUCAGUCGCGCAGCAUUAUCGCGGCCAAAGGAGCGACGCCUUUUGGGAUUGGAUCCAUCGUGUCCAGUAUCUGUACCUCGAUCCUGCAGGACGGGCGCGACGUGCGGCCCAUUAGCCACUUCCAGCCGGAGUUUGGAUGCUAUUUCAGUCUGCCGGUUGUCCUUGGGCGAACGGGGGUUGUUCAGCAGGUUCCGGCGGCGCUCAGCGCCCGUGAAAAGGAGGCGAUUGAGGAGUCGGCGAAGGAGUUGAAGAGCAUCUUGGAUCGGGUGCAAGAGCGGUCUUGA